UCACCCCUAGACACCACUAGCUUCAUUUGAGCUUUAGGAUUUCGCUGUGCCCGUAUCGUGAAGAGCCAGAGAGUCACCAUGAAAACCUUUCUUCUGUGUGUCCUGCUCGCCACUGUCGCCGCUGUGAGCUUUGCUCACCACCUCGAGCUCUGCGAUAAACAAGACGGACAGCUGAAAAAUGAACUGCAAUGCAUUGGGCUCCACAUCUCACGAGGGGCGAACCAAAGCUUUGACAAGGCGUUGAAGACGCUCGGCUGCCAGGACUGGAGCUGCGUGAUCCGGAAGCUGUGCGUCGGAAACAACCUGGAAGCUGCCAUGGCCAACCACUUCACGAAGCCGCAAAUCGCGGAGAUUCACAGUGCUGCAACCACCUGCGAUCCAGAGGCCGGGCACCACCACCACCACCACUGAGUGCUGCCCACUUUUUAAAAUAUUCAGGAAACGAGCCUCCCAUGGGCUGAACGUUCCUGCACUGUCCAGAGGUGUGCCAUCGAGGGACUCCGGGCAGCUGUUACCCCUGUUGUAAUAGAAGGUUAAAACUUUUUACGUUUUUUUAAUGAGGGCAAAUAAAAACACAUUCGCGUGAGA